AUGAAGUUCUCAGUUACUUCUGUCGUGGCUGCCGUGCUAGCUGUGGUCAACGGCCUCCCUAGCACGCCCUUACACGAAUUAGACGCCUUCAACGUAAUCGGCGGCGUCACCUGGACGGGCGAGGUUCUUCCAGGAAAGAAUGUUACAUUCAGCGGCACCAUGCAGGAGGUCCGGGCACAAAUAUUGGCUGAAAACCCCGACUACUUCAGUGCAUAUGACAAUGAGACGAGCAUUGAGCAGGGAACCCACCUUCAGAAGCGAUGGCAGCUGAAGCAGCCUCCGGACUGCAACUACGGCCAUUUUAUGCGAAGAAUAUACGCCAUACAGUUCAUCAACGAACUAAACGCCAAAGGCGGCGGUCAUGCCAUGUGUGGUGCGCCUCCGAGACGAGCACCUGGACUCGGCGGUUGCUCCCGAGUUAGCUGCAACUGGGGAUCGCAGAUGUGGUUGUGCAAUGAUAACAAUUACCACUUGGAGCUUCCUUGCACGGAGGUUGCUUCUGCUUUGCUUGAGCUGAGCAAUGUGUGCUAUACUGUCCAACCUGGUGGUGAUACGCAGACACAAGGCCAGCUCUUUACCAAGGAUAACUGGAAUGUCAUUAUUGAUUAUUAUGGUGACUGUCAUUCAAGAGCCACUGUGGGUUGA